CGAUACAUUGACCAAUGCAGAAUAUGAGGCUACCGUUAUUAAGUCUUCAUCAUAGUCUAAGAGUCUGUACAACGAGAACGUUACAUACCACGAAUAUUCUCUACAAUGAAUCUGUACUUAACUCUGUACCCAUAAAUAGAACGAGGAAUAUCGGGAUUAUUGCACAUAUCGAUGCUGGUAAGACAACUACCACCGAGAGAAUGUUAUUUUAUAGUGGUAAAACCAACCGUAUUGGGAAUGUAGAUGAAGGUGAUACAGUUACGGAUUAUCUCCCAGCGGAAAGAGACCGUGGAAUUACAAUUCAACUGGCUGCCACAACCAUCCCUUGGAAUAACCACAAAAUCAAUAUCAUUGACACUCCAGGUCAUGCUGAUUUCACCUUUGAAGUUAUUAGAUCUCUUCGAGUAUUAGAUGGUUGUGUCACAAUUUUGGAUGCUGUCGCAGGAGUUGAAGCUCAAACCGAGAAGGUUUGGAAACAAGCACAAGAAUUGGGAAUUCCAAAGAUUUGUUAUGUGAACAAGAUGGACCGUGAAGGAGCAGGAUUCAGCAGAACAGUUAAAGAGAUAAUUCAAAAACUUCAGACUAGAGUAGUUUUAUGUAAUAUUCCAUACUUUGAAGAAGUUGAAGGGAAAGAAGAAGAUGGUAAAUUUAUUGGGGUAUUAGAUAUACUUCAUAAGAAAAUGUUGAAAUGGAAACCAGAUGAAGACGAGACUGGAAGAGAUAUGGCCGUAUUCGACAUUGUCGAAGGGGUGACACCACCAGAAAUCUAUGAAAUGGUGUAUAAAAGUAGAGAAUCCAUGAUAGAAACACUUGGAGAAGUGGAUGAUGCAUUAAUUGAUUCUUUCUUUGAAAAUGAUGAGGAUUACAUGAAAGUUCCAUCAUCGGUAAUUAACCAAGCCCUUCAAAAGGCAACUUUGCUGAAAUUUGCUGUUCCAGUCUUCUGUGGAUCCUCUUUUAAAAAUAUCGGUGUACAACCUUUGAUGGAUGCCAUUACAACCUAUUUACCAUCUCCCUUACAAAUUAAUCUCCCUGAAGUAACCUCAGAAAAAUCUCAAUUCAAGGGAAAGGGGAAGAAGAAACGGAAACAAGCUACCUCUGGAAAUGAUGAAGCAAGUACUGUAGAGGUCCCUGUACUGAUGGAUGCUAAAAAGGGUCUUAUUCUCAACAAGCUGCCGAAUCUUACUGCCGCUCUCGCAUUCAAAUGUAUUACCCACCCUAUUCGUGGACCAAUGACUUUCAUUCGUGUAUACAGUGGAAUGUUAAAGGCAAACACUACCAUUAUAAAUACUCGUUCAGGAAAGACAUUUAAGUUAGGAAAACUUUUGCUAAUGCAUGGUGACCAACCAGAAACUAUCUCUCUGCUUAGUUCAGGAAAUAUUGGAGUUAUCACUGGGAUGGCAGAUGAAAUUGUUACCGGUGAUACAAUUGUUUCACUUGGUACUCUGGGUAAAGGAUUUGGGGCAUUGGAAAGUAAUUUGAAGAUGAUGCCGAUUGAGAUCCCACCACCAGUAUUUAGUGCCUCAGUGGAACCUCUCACUGCUGGUGAUGAACGUUUUAUGGAUGAUUGCAUCCAAGUACUUCGUAGAGAAGAUCCUUCUUUACACGUUAAUGUGGACGAAGAAACAGGGCAGACAGUUUUAAGCGGAAUGGGUGAAUUACACCUUGAAAUUGUUGGUGAUAGACUUUGUCGGGAUUUAAAGGCAAAGGCUCAAAUGGGAAAAGUUGUCGUAACAUACAAAGAAACUCUCACUACACCAAGCAAUACAACCACAUAUAAUACCGGAGAAGAAGGAGUCUCUGUCUCAUUAUCAUUAGACUCAUAUGAGGGGCCAUCUGAAGAAACAGACCUUUUACAUGAAGACGGGUCUUUCUUACUUGAGAUGGACAAUAACGUCGUUGUUAUCGAGCCGUCUGCCACUCCACAACAUAUUCUUCUGGCUUUAGAAGAAAGAAGAUGGAAAUCAGAAUUUUCUAUGGAACAACUUCAUGAUAGUAUGAUUCAAGGAUGUGUGGCAACAUUGCAAACAGGGGGUCCAAUUACCAGACUUCCUCUUCAUUCUACGGUAAUUAGAAUUUCCAAAUGGGAUUUCCCAGUUGAAGGUACAUCCGUACAAGCUUCUCAACUUUUAACUGCCACAAGAUAUGCAGUUAGUCAAGCUAUCAAUUCCCAUUUCGAGAAAAAUAACAACAAUUUUACUUUACUUGAACCAAUUAUGAAUGUCAAGGUAUUUGUGAACUCUGACACCAUGGGUGAAGUUGUUCACGAUCUUAAUUCCCAAAGAAAGGCAAUUAUCCAUUCAAUUGAAGAUGAAAAUGAGAACUUGGAGACAGCGUCAUGGGCAGCAACUGAAGCUGAAAAGGUUUAUCUUCCUCCUGAUUACACCAUGAGUUCAGUAACUUCUGAGAGUCUGAAUUUAAGAAACAAAAAGAGAAUUGAUGCUCAAGCUCCAUUGAAGGAAAUGAUAGGAUAUUUAUCGAAGUUCCGUUCUAUUACACAAGGAAGAGGAGCAUUUGAUAUGACUUACCACGGUAUGAUGAGAGCAUCCAAAGAUAGAGUUGAUAACAUUCUUAACGAAUUGUAAGGUAUAAUCAGAACCUAAAUGUAAUUAGAUUUGUAUAUAAAAUAUAAAGUGGAACAAAAAAUAUUCUGAAGCUAGUGGCAUUCUAUAAACAAUUUCUACUAUGGUACAUAUGUCAUUACUUUCAGAACAUAAUUUUCAAUACUUUUAAAGAUCGAUAUACAACAAGUGUUGCUACUAGCCAAAAAAGAAAGUAUUUGGGGUAGUGAGUUUGGUUUUUGAUAAUUGUACCUAAAAUGUAGGUGACAAGUUGUCCUAUUACGUAGGCGAUUGGAACUACAAAGUCAUUUUAACAUACU